UCAGGCACAUCCACAGGCACCUCUCGGGGUCCUUCUUAUUCGCUAGCCGCCGAGCUGCCAAACACGUACGCAGUCGCUCGCUCAAUAGAAACAAACCAUGACUUUUGUGGCUCUUCUACCCAGAGAAUGAUGAUAAAAGAUGUCAGGGAUGAGCUGACCUCAGCGACUUUUGGCCUCUUCUUCCACUUCCUGGCGAGCGCAAGCCUUCGCUGAGACAAGCGCGACCAUGUAUUGCCUGCAGUGGCUUCUGCCUGUGCUGCUCAUCCCCAAGCCGCUGAACCCGGCGCUGUGGUUCAACCACUCCAUGUUCAUGGGCUUCUACCUGCUCAGCUUCCUGCUGGAGAGGAAGCCCUGCACCAUCUGUGCCUUGAUCUUCCUGGCCGCCCUCUUUCUCAUCUGCUACAGCUGCUGGGGCAACUGCUUCCUGUACCACUGUCAGGACGCCGCCCUGCCCCACGCCGCCCACGACCCGGCCAUCGUGGGCACCUAGAAGGGGCGCGAUGACGCUACCGAUGCCGCCGCCGUGCUGGAUGGACUACAGGUUGGCGGCGGGUUGGCGACGCACGCUUUGGGAAAGGCGAGUUAUGCUGUAAAGACAUAAUUGAACUUGAGACGAAGGGGGCACGCACGCAAAUGGCGGAAGUAUUUGUGAAGCUGCACGUGACCACCAUAUUUCCUCGUCUUUCAAUUUUUCUCACGCUCCUCCCUCAAAUCACAGGACAAUCCUCCCUCUUCCUCUCUUCAUCUCAAGCUUUUUAAUCAACUCUACACCAAAAGAAGACAACUUGUUUUUCAGUCUUGUUGAGCUUUUUGUGUGUGCUUUACAUCUUUUUAAUUUAAAUAAAUUUUGUUUUCCUCUC